CGCUACGCGAUAUCACUGGCCGGUCAUGUGUGCGUCACUCUUACGUUCACACUGGUACCGUUCGGAGUGCUUGGUUACCGCGCUGCCGCCGUUACCGUCACCCGAAUAGUGUGUGCACCGAGUAUACACGGUGUUUGAUAAGUGUCCCCCCAUCUCCUACACACACCCCACACCCCCCCCCCCUGGCCCCGUGUUCGGUGUGGUCCUGGACGUGGCGAGUGGUCAGACGAAAUCCUGUGUCGGUGCCAGGAUCAUCGUGAUCGUCACCGUCACCGUGAACGGGGAGACGGCGCAGGUGGAGCGCGCUGUAAAAGGAGCGCGACGAAGGAAACGGAAAAAAAGCGAGGAUUUUUCGGUACUGUUUUGUCCAGACGUGCACGUAGGAGCAAGGAGUGGCUGUGGUGCUGCUGCUGGUGCUGGUGCUGGCGCUGGCCGACUGUCGAAAGAAGAGGGAGAGAAAGGAGAAUCGUGCGCGCCUCAUGGCCCUGUUGUUUCUCGGCCCGUCGUGAUCACGAGGAGAAGAGCGAUCCCGGAGUGCGGGCCGUGCUGUUUUGGUGUUUUGGUGGGAAAUAACGAAGUGGUGAUCAGGUGCUCCAAGUUGUUCUUCGACGCGGUUCAGUGCUACGUGGGGGUUUUCUUUUUUGGGGGAGAGGCACGCUCGCCGGAGGAUCGUAACAGAGGAAAAGAGAACGACUGAGAUAGUGGAAGGAAGAAGGUAGACAGGGUGAGAGAGAAGGAGACGUAGAUACGUUGAUAGAGGAGGAGAAAGGGUGAUUGGAAGACCCGGCUGGCCGAUCCGAAUUCGCGGAUUCGACCCGCCGCGGUUGCCGAUCCAUAAUAUGGCGUACAAGUUUCGCGAAGAGAUCGUGGGAAAGAGGUUUCUCUCGGUGAGUGGUUUCACCAAGCUAAAGGUGAAUAAGAUCAGUGAGUGGGGGUGGCGUGCAGGGGUGAUUCGUGCUGCCAGUCACAGGGAUAACGGCUGUCAUGAUCUUCAGAUUCUCGUAGAGUACGACGACGUAGAGUGGCAAAGAAGGGAAUGGCUAUCGCCGCAUAGGGAUUCGGUGUUCUCCUUCUUCCUGGUGGAAAAAGGAUUGUCCUGGGCUGAGCGACCCGACCCCAGGCAUGCCAGUCUCAUCGCCAUCGAUCACCACAACCACGCGAAUAAUAAUCACCACCAUCACCAUCAUCGUAUCAACGGGAAACCUCUGAGGGGCGCCACUGCUGUCGCGAACACUGUCGCCUGGCCAGCUCUGGCAUUCUACCCCCUGGUGGCGCGUGCCGAGUUACCGGAAGACGCGAUGCCUCUCGAGUUCAUGCAGGAUCGAAGGUUGGACUUCGUCGACUACUCCAAGCUGAAACCGUUCACCCAGGACUGGGAGCUGACGAAGGGCUCGGUGCCGUGGGCGAACGCUGUCAGACGAUGGGCGGAGAUGCAGGACGGCCAGAGGAUCCUGCUGACCACGCCGAGCGUUCUGGUUGGGUUCAGGGUCGAGGUUUAUCGGGCCGAGGGCACCACGCAAUGGUACACUGCCGUCAUUGUUGGUUACAACGAGUCCACCAAGGACUUGACUGUCACCGACGACACAGUUCUCGAGGAUCACAACGAGGACCCCAGCUUAGUACAAAUGCGACUGAUUGGCGACGGAGUGGUGGAGAGCAUCAUGAGAGGCGAGGUCGUCGGCAUGACACCGAGGAGGUCGAGGUCAUCGACUGCUCUGACGCACGCGCUCGUCAUGCCACGACCUGGGAGAAGGCCCCGAGGACGUCCUGGGAACGCCGCACAAUUGCAGACCACGCCCAGGAUACAGAGCCCUGUGUCGCAGCAUCUUGAGAAAGAAAAGAGCACAUCGCGGAACAGUCGCCGAAGACCCGUGAGCGAGGGCGCCAGUCGCGAGAGGUCGGAAAAGGACACCGAGAGCAGUCUGUCGACGCGACAAGAGGAUCGGGAGAACAAGGGUCCGCCAUCGGGGAGACCCAGCAAUCGAAUACCGCGGACGGUAUUGGAGGAGGCGAACAGCGCGUCCAGCAGUGCCUCGAAACUACGUAAACGCGGUACCGCGGUGAAGAGUCCUGUCGAGAGUCCACCGCAGCGACCGGUACGACGGAGACCAAGGCCGGGUGGGCAAGAAACGAAAACAGAGUCGGUAGACCUCGAUCGCUCGACGAACGUAAAGUCCUGCGAGAAGGAAGAGCGUUUGGGGAGCAGGUCGGAGGAAGACAGGGCCGAGGAAGAGGACGAAGAGCCUUGCGACCCCCUGACCAAGAGGCUGAGGACAUGUCCCGUAGGCAGAAAGCUUAGGUCCGAGAGAAAGGGAAAAAGUAGCGAGGAGACCGGCUCCGAUCAAGAGGAAACCGAGGAGGAAGAAAGGAAGCAAGACGGGGCCGAGGGAGAAGUCGAGAAGCUCGAGGAAAACGAGGAGAGUCAGUCCAGAGAACGGGACAGGGAACCGGAGCCUCCACCUCCGGACAAGGUCGACCCUGGAGGCGACUCGGACCCUAAAGAGAAUCGAUUAGACCCGGAACAGGAGGUUCGAACGGCGGGGCGGGAGAAGAGCAAGGAACAGGUGUACGCGAAUGGAUCGCUAGUCGACUCUUCGGCGGUCGGUGACGAAGCUGGAGUCCUCCUCGAUGCCGGCGUCGAGCUGCUGAAGCCAGCGAGCAAGUCGAAGGCAAAGGGCGUCGAGGAGGAGGAGGAAGAGGAGGCGGAGGAGCAGGACGAAGAGGAAGAGGACAGGGGCUCGCGAAGGACCGAGCCGACCACCGAGCUAGGCACGGAGGAUAGCGUGGGCAGCGUGAACGGCGCGAGGGCGGCGAGCGUCGAAUCGGUCGUCGAGCUGCUGGAGUCGAGCAGUCAGGACUCAGGCUCCGUGCUGGAGAGACUGAGUCCGCUAAGUAGCAGCGGCGGCGGCGGCUCUGGCAGGCAGAGCCUGCUCCUGGAGCAGCAGCGGGAGCAGGAGCGUAACCGGCACAACGAGAGUCCUGUCAUCCUAGCCGAGAGAUUGAACAAGCCGCCACCGCCGGGCGCUGGUCUCCAUCACCAUCACCACCACCUUCAGCAAUACCAUCAGCACCACCAUCAGCAGGCGUUGCAGCAGCAGCAGCACCACCACCAGCAGCAACGAUACGCCUCUAGCAGCCCGGUGAUACACCAUCACGGCCAGCAACAGCAUCAGCAGCAUCAGUCUCAGCAGCAGCUUCAUCAGCAUCGCGUAGCGAACAGUCCCCUCCAGCACCACCAGCUUCACCAUCAGUUGGCCCCGUCGAGCCUCCACGAGGUGCAACAGCAGUCCCACGCAUCGAGGGGCGGCGAUGAGGCCGGCCUCAUGGAAGUGGAGGCGGGGGCCGGUAUACCUGGAACUGGUGUCCUCGCCGGUGUGCCAGCAGCGGUCGGUAUCCGGGCAGUCGGUGCCGCGGUUGGCAGCGCCGCCGCUACAGGAGCUUAUGGCGACAGCGGCUCCGACAGCGGGGUAAGCUCCUUGAGGAGCGCCGGUUCCGGCGACGAGAGAAGCGGCAGCAGAAGCUCCGCGCUCAGCGUCGACGAAACGACCACGUCCGCGGCACCCGCGGCCGCCGCGACGCCCGCCAGGGUCUGGCACGUGCAAAGCGUUCAACACACGUCCUUACUCAUGGCGCAUCCCCAGGCACCGCCGCCAAACACCGGCCCGAGUUCCGCAGCCGCCGCGGCCGCAGCGGCCGCCGCUGCCGCCACGGCACCACCGGUCGGCUACCAGAAUUCAGCACCACCAGGACAUCAUCACCCAGCGGUGGCAUCCGAAAUGCUCUGGAGAUCACCCAGGUACCCGCCGCUCUCCCAUGCCCUGCUCGGACCCGCCCAGCCCAACCCCGAGGAGCUCAUCGAAAGGGAGAGGAUGCUUCGGGAACGGCGAGAAGCGGAAGUCCGGUUGGAGCGUGAACGCGAGAAAAGGGAGGCCAAGAUGGAAAGGGAGAGACUCGAGAAGCAAAGGGCCGCCGAGCAGGCAGUUCACAAGCACUUCGAGGAGUCCUUCAGGCUGGCACAACAAAAGGUGUCUUAUGUUCCACAGAGAAAUAUGCAGUCGACCUCGAUGGGGUGGAAUACGUUUAUCUCUCUGCCGCCUCCUGGCAGCAGGGCACACACCGCGCCUCAUUCAGGGAUGACGGCGCACGUGGGCCAUCAUCAUCCGGGAGCAGGCGCGACGAGCGCGCAUCCAGCCACCGUGGCGCAACAACAGCAACGCGAAAGAGAGGAACGGGAACGCGAAGCGAGAGAAAGGGACGCCAGGGAGCAGAGACAACGAGAAACCGAGAACAUGGGAAUAAGGGAACACCUGGUCGCGGCCGAGAGACUGCACAGACAAGCCGAGGCCAGGGAUCAUGUUGCUGCUCAGCAGAGGGCUGCUUACUAUGCAGCCACUGCACCCCAAACUCAACAGGUGUCCCGACCGUCGAGCGUACCUGGCAAAGUCGACUACCCACCCCCACCGGCGCACUCGAGGACCUCGAAGUCGUCGCUACCAGUCGGUAGUCUUCACGAGAAACCGCCGUCGGUGGUAGGGCCGUCGCAUAGCUCUCUGCCAAAGGUGGAGCCAAACGUGGGCCUGUUUAGCUACUCGGCGUAUCAACCGCAAUCGUCGUACAUGCACGACAUCAAGGUGAAGAGCGACGUGGGCCAACCGCACAAGUCUAUGCAGAGCAAAAGCGGGCUGGCCGGGGGACUCGAGAGGGACCAUCACGGGAGGGAGGUGAUGCAGAAUCCGCCGUCGCUUCUUCAGGACCACAAGAGUUCGGUGAUAGUAAAGAACGAGGGCCGAGAGCUGCCGAAGGUGCCAACAUCGCAGCAACACUCGCCGAGCCCGAAGAUCAUGCCCUAUCUGAACGUUCAAUCGGUGGCCCCGCAGCACAAGCCGUACGAGUACAGAAGUCCCACCCAAAGUCCUCACCACCUUCAUCACCUGGAUGCUGGCUUACAGGCGUCGAAGAGCAUACCUCAGGGCCACCACAGGAGCAGUAGCGGGCCUACCACUGCGACACAGUUACCCAGCCCACACGGGCAUCCACCGCACUCGCACAAUCGACAGUCACCGCACGCUCAGCAUCCUCAUCAACCACCUCAUCCGUCGCCACCCGAACCGCGUUAUCUCACCAGGCCGGAACCAGGUCUACCCUACGCCACCGCGAAGUCCUCGUAUCCGUAUCCACAUCCUCAUCCGCCCACGGCCUCGCCGACCUCGCAUUACGCCACGCCGGCGGGCUCGAAGCCGAAAGUCAGCAGUCCAGCGCCACCUCACAUCUACGGUAAACCCAAUUCCGGGAUCAUGACGGGUACCCCGGUCUGCAGAGCCUCGGAACCAGCGGUAGCCGCACCUAUUCCUCUCACGUCGAAAGCCGGCAGCUCGCCUUACCAGCAAGUGCCUCAUCAUCACGGGGCGCCACCACCGCCUCUGCCGCCGCCCGCUCACAGCAGAUCCGUCUACGACCCAAGGGGUUUUCCCGGGUCCAUGCAAGCUGCCAAGCUACCGCCACCUCUUCACGGUUCUCCUCCUACCGCCGCCUCGGCACCUCUCUCCAGGCCCAUCGCUCACCCCGCUCAUCACACCAGUCCUCACCAGCAACCAGGCCAACCGGUGCAGCACUCGCAGCCCCAGAUGAACACCUCCUUCCAGACGCAGCCGCUCGACCUCGGCGUCGAGAGGUCUGGGUCGCCGAAGAGGAAGGCACCGACGCCUCUGUUGGCGGAAAAUAACCCCGGGCAACCGGUGUCGCUCGAAGUCUACAAGAAACGCAGAACCGAGGAACCCCAACCGUUGUCUCUGCAGUGUGUAGGGCCACCUGUUCUCUCCAGAGUGAGCGAGCCGAGUCCGUUGAUCGCCUCGGCCGCCACCUCGAUCACCACCGUGGUCAACACGGCAGCUCUGUUGGCGCAACCUAAUGCCCAGAUGCAAGAACGAACCGUGACAGCGGUCAGUCCAGCGCCUAGAACGGCCAGUGGUGACGGAUCCGUCAGACCCGCCAGCACGGGCAGCGUAGGCUCCCUGAACCCCACGAUCAGCGCCGCGCCUAGCCCAGCGCCCAUUCCCAGCCCUGCACCUUCUACGGCUCCGAGUCCAGCACCAAGUGCACCCGGCACCCCAGCCAAAACCAACCCUACCACGGUGGACAGCGAAAAGUCCAACAGUCCAGCACCCAGACCACCCAGCAGUACCAGUUACCCUGUUCACAAGUUGAAGAAGGCCUGGCUACAGAGGCAUUCCGGCGAAGAUGGCACGGAGGACACCACCGGCGUCGUCGGUAGCGGCUCGUGCGUCACCUUACCCCUCAACAUUUCCCAAGCACCCUCGCAACCGCUCACCAAUAAAGAACGCGACGCCUCGUCGAACAAUACCAACGCGACCACUACGUGUUUGCCCAGCGCCGUGAACUCUAUCCAUAAUAUCGGUAGCAUGGCGGUGAAUAGUAUCAAUAAGAGCAAGGUGACCGCGAAAAGCGCACGCAAAACGGCGAACAAGGAGUCUCUCAACGGACACGCCACCGACUCGAAAAACUUGCAAGAAGAUUCGUCCAGCAGCGACCCGGAAAGGAAGUCGCCGCCGAAAAGGAAGCCACCCAAGGUAAAACGAAAGAAGGGCGCCGCACGGAGGCAGCAAACUACCGCGGAAGAUCAGCGGAGAAGAAAAGAAGACAAGCAAGGCGGAGGAGCUGGUGUAGGCAGCGAAUCUAGCAACGAGAGCGAAGCAGGUUCUGCUAGCGACACCAGCGAACAGUUGGGUUCCGUUCAACCUGCAUCGAGGGUGCGACAUACAACGGCCAAUUCCAACAAUUCCUCGGGAAACGGAAAUAAUAAGGAACCCAGGAAGCGAGGUAGAAGACCAAAGACUACGAAAGGUAAUGAAAUAGGAGGAGAAGAUCAACAACCUCGUCAGAAGAAAGAACGUAGAGACGACAGUGCAAGCGGUGGUAACAAUGGGCCAGGGGGAAGCGGCGGCAGGGGUGAUCCCUUUCGUAGACCUCCGAUAUCACAACUAAAGAAAACUGGUGACAGCUGGUUGCAAGACGGCGCUUGCUUCGAAGUCGCAGCAAAAUUGGCAAAAUGUCGUGAGUGCAGAUGGACACCGCACCAGCGCUCAAAAAAUCUUCCACAAAAUAUUUUCUGCAGAUUUUAUGCAUUCCGUAGAUUACGGUACACCAAAAAUGGACAAUUGGCUAUAGCAGGAUUCAGCGAUCCGCACAAGGACGCGUCCGAGGUAGAUCUUCGAUUAUGGUUACCAGGAAAAGAGAGUUCGGAUACGAAGAAAGAUGAGAAAUCCGACAAGAAUGAUAAAGAGAAAGGAGACAAGGAAGACUUAGACCUGGAGAUGGCUCACAGAUUGCUUCGUCAAGUUGGCGAUCAGUUUUGCGAUCUCCUGCAUCAAGAAAAAGAUGCUCUUCAACAGCACAAGGCAGAAGCGAAUUCGGGACUUGUAGACGGAACGGUAGCUUGGAAACGAGUGGUUCAAGGCGUUCGAGAGAUGUGCGACGUUUGCGAAACAACCCUUUUCAAUUACCACUGGGCUUGCGGUAAAUGCGGUUUCGUUGUGUGCAUCGAUUGUUACAAGGGUCGCAAAAAUGGAACGAUCAAGAUCUGGGGUGAAAGUGGAAAGGACAGGGACGACUUUUCGUGGUUGUUGUGCACCAACAGACAAGUACACGAACCCGAACGCCUGAUGCUCACGCAAAUUAUCGCUGGUGAUAGCUUGAUCCGUCUCGGACAACGACUUCACGAGUGUCGAGCAGAGUGGGGAAUACCUCAACACUGCGGUUGUUCGUUGGUUGUUCAAACAUCUGCCAACGAGUAUCUUCGCAACAUGAUAAAGGGUGACACGAUGCCGGUUCUGAACGGGAACGUUAAGCAGGAGAUCAAAGAGGAGAAGAAAAUGAACGAAUCGAACGGAUCGUCGGAGAAUAAAACAAACGGAGAGGAUAAGAACUCGCCGUUAAAUUGGCUAGCGGACGUAGCGUUACAGAAUCAGGACAAGAACGAAAGCGCUUCGAGCUCAGAUUCGGACGAAGAUCGGGAUGGCAAUUACUCGACUUUGCGGGAAUUGCUUAUCCGGCCUUCCCACAAGUCGAACGGAAACGGCUCUAGAUCAAAUUCGCCGACAAAUAAUUCCGGAAACGUUAACGCCGCGUCUGGAAACAAUGCGCCGAACAACGUCGCAAAGUCUGGCAAGAAAUCGAAAAUGGACACGCUGGAUGAGGUGAUAUCCAGCGUGAUAGAACAUAGUGUGAAAAAGGAGAGGGAAGGUGGACUGGACGACGAGAAACCAAGGGAGUUGAAGCAUUUCGUGAGAAGGUACAAGUGGACACAGAAAGGAAGAGAGCCGUUACCUAUCAGAAUCAUGACGCUCACCGAAAGCAAAAGUCUCUACCCGGAUGUGCCGCACUCGUGGCUCUGCGACGGAAAAUUGCUCAGGUUAAACGAUCCGAAUAAUCCCAACAAUUAUAGAAUAUUUCAAGAUCAAUGGAAACGCGGACAGCCGGUCAUCGUGUCGGAUGUCGCCAAGGCUUUGGAUAUGGAUCUCUGGCAUCCGGAUUCGUUCGCCAGAGACUUUGGCGACGAGAAGAACGAUCUUAUCAACUGCAUGACUGGGAAUCUGGUACCGAAUCAGCCGAUGCGCAAAUUCUGGGAAGGAUUCGAACACUUCUCCAAGAGACUAAAGGACGAGAGAGGGAAUCCGAUGUUGUUAAAAUUGAAGGAUUGGCCACCUGGCGAAGAUUUUGCCGAAUUGUUGCCAUCAAGGUUCGCCGAUCUGAUGAAAGUUCUGCCAUUGUCAGAGUACACACAUAGAAACGGAAGGUUAAAUUUGGCUAGUCGUUUACCGGACUGCUUCGUCAGACCUGAUCUGGGACCUAAGAUGUACAAUGCUUAUGGUUCGGCGCUACAUCCGAACAAGGGUACGACUAAUCUUCAUCUAGAUAUUUCCGAUGCCGUUAACGUGAUGGUUUACGUUGGAAUUCCGAAAGAUACCGACAACGACGAACAUGUCAAAGAAGCACUGAGGGCGAUAGACGAAGCAGGCUGUGAUAUCCUGACGCGACGACGCGUUCGCGAACGCGGUGAAGCACCCGGUGCAUUGUGGCACAUCUAUGCAGCGCGAGACGCCGACAAGAUUCGAGAUUUAUUGAACGCUGUAGCGCUGGAACGUGGGGCUCGUUUAGAGCCUCAUCACGAUCCUAUUCACGAUCAGAGCUGCUAUCUCGACGGACCUUUACGAGAACGCUUGUACCGCGAAUACGGCGUCGAAGGAUACGCUAUCGUGCAGUGUCUAGGUGACGCAGUAUUCGUGCCAGCCGGAGCGCCACAUCAAGUUCGUAAUCUUCACAAUUGUAUAAAAGUAGCAGAGGAUUUUGUAUCGCCGGAGAAUGUUUCCCAUUGUUUCCAUCUCACGCAAGAGUUCCGUGCGUUAUCGGACACUCAUACAAAUCACGAGGACAAGCUCCAGAUCAAGAACAUCAUCUACCAUGCCGUGAAAGAUUCCCUGACCGUACUGGCAAACAUCAAGGAAGAGACUCUUGCCAAACCGAAGACCAACAACGAAAUAAAGAAGGAAGAGACGUAGCCCUAGGCCCCCUGUCGCGGUCGCAAGAACCGUUGUUGAUCCGUUGUUCGACUAAAAUCUCGCUCUAACAAGCGAGUGCAAUCUGUUGCCGCUCCUCCGUGCUCUUCCGAACGUCUUAUCAGACCGGGAUGACGGGUGGAUCUAAUAAUUUAAGAUGCUCCGGAAACCUGUACCGAGGUGCAAGAAUUUGUUGUGAUAUUUGACGAGUAACUCAAAAGUUUCUUUUUCGGUAUUGGCUGAGCCAAUGGAGGAAUAGAGAUACGAGAGAGAGAGAGGAAGAGAGAGAGAGAGAGAUUAUUCGUUGUAUCAUUUGAAUUUCCUUUUUACAUAUUUCUUUUUCCUUUUUCUAUGUAAAUGUGUGCUGGCGGACAUGAAGUCCCCGCGAGUAUUUUCAUUGAAGUAUGGAGCCGGUGACACACGAAAACGCACCGCGGCGUCCAUUUACCAUUGUGAUACCAGGAGGAGGACUUUGGAUCAUACAUUAUUUGUAAUUACUUAUAUCGUGCCUGUAUUCAAUACAUACUGUCUAUAUUAUAUAAAUGUAGAUAAUCGAUCUUUAUUGUGUAAUGAAUUCUUACUAUAGUAACUACGAGAAGAUUGUCUAGAGGUACCUUUGUGCAAUUAGAUGUCGAUUAAAAAAUUGUUAGCUGGAUCAGUGAUAAUUGUCGAUCCCGUUACCGUGCUCUCGUGAUCUGGUGCUUUUGGUAUCGAUUACAAAAGAUAAAAGAGAAAGCAAGCGCUUUGCCGAAUGGCCGAUAUAUGUUUCUCGCUAGAUUCUUGUGUUCCACGCGAUAAGAGCGCAAGAGUGAAAACACUGCCUAUAACCCGUUAUUUGCGUCUGUCCAGUUAAAUGUUAAGAAAUUUCGAGUUCUUGCACGUCAAGUAACAUUAACGUGUAUAAUCUCGUUGCAGUGUGGUUUUCCGGGAGGGGGGGGGGGGGAUAUACGUAUACAGAGAUUUCGGUUUGUCUUUCUUCUUUGAAAAAUAUAUCGGCUAUACCGUGCAAAGUAUGUUCGAAAGGUUUGUAUAAUGGUCGUUUAUAACAGAGGCAUCAGAACAAAAAUAACAAACGGAAAACAAGGCUAAAAAUCUAUCGAUACACGCUAUCCUCGCGCGAUACUAGAUCGAUCGAGAUUUAUAGACUUCGUUGAAUUUAUCGUUUUUAUAGAUUGGAUUGAUGUGGCCCAGUGAUGACCCAGUAAUAAGGGUGCGCGGAAAAAAAAAGUGAAAACGAGGGAGGGGAAAAACAUGUUAUUUUUGUCAAAUCACGGAAAAUAAAGAACUGUCUGUCCGAUAGAACAGCGAUAUUCUAAUUGUAUUGUAAUUAAUAACUAUAGUAGCAUUAUUUAACGCGAGGUGUGAAGGAGUAACGAUUUUCGAAGUGCCAAUGUUUUGAACGACGUGAACAUUCUCGCGUGUUUGCACGUUGUGUAUCGUACGCGUAGGUAGGGAAAAGGAUGGAAACGGAAAUGAUGGAAGAAAAAUGAACGCGAAGAAACAGAUUUAGUCAUGCAGAAUCUACAGACGAGAGAAGCCGAGUUCCUAUCAUUCAACUUUUCACAUAAAGACGACGAAUCAGUGUUAUUCGCUACGCGCUCCGUCACAACGUCUGAAUUCGAAAACUGUCGCCGACCUCGUCGAUAUCGUGUUCCCCCAAUUAUAUCUUUUUAAACUCCUAACGCGGGAACGUACUAACAAUUACUGUACGUUCACGGUUCGUCCGUUUCGAUGAUCUUAACAAAGGAAAAGAAGAGGAAGGCAGCAACUUUCGAGGACAGAUGAAUCUAAUUUAGCGUGACGCUGCGCGAUUUGCGCGUUCACCGAUCGUCAAACGUUCACUGCGGCUGGUAAUUCUCGAGACCGACGUUAUGAAAUAAGACAAAGAAGAAGAAACCCGAAGAACAAAUCACUGGAAUCCUGGAACCCGCAAUUUCUUUGAUCUCAACAUUCGUCUAGCAUACAACGACUUGAUUAAAUAAUAUUUAAUGAGUAAAUUUUUAAAUAUCUUAGUGUCGAUAAGAGUAACGUUAAUAUUACGGGAAUAAUAAGUAACGAACAGCAAGAAAAAAUAUGGAAGAAGUACCCUUAUUGAUUCACGAGCGAGGACGAUGACGACGAUGACGACGAUGACGACGAUGACGACGAUGGCGACGACGACGACGACGAUGACGAUGACGAUGAUGAUGAUGUAUAAAGUUAUAGAAAGGAAAGAAGGAAAGCAUGCUCUGCGUACUAUUGCUGCAGACAAAGCUAUUAUUUGUUCUCUCCGCUACGUGUAUGUAAAUACAUUUAUAUAUACAUAUAUAAAUACGAGGAAGCUUAGGAUUAAGGGAUACACACUCCACGAAUAUGGACAAACAACAAAAAAAAAGAA